AAUAUUCGGCAGGGGCCAAAAAGGCCGGCUCUCCUUAAAUCGUCGACCACCCUCCUGUGGAUCAAACUAAACUCUCCGAAAAGAUCGCCAGAUAACCGAAACAGAUCAGGCCUGGCUAUGAGUGAGGAGCUGAAACGCGACUUCGAGAUCGGCCACGAGAUCGGCCGCGGCCGCUUCGGCGUCGUCCACCGCUGCGCCUCCCGCGCCACCGGCGAGGCCUACGCCGUCAAGUCGGUCGACCGCUCGCGCCUCUCCGACGACCUGGACCGCUCGCUCGCCGCGCUGGAGCCCAAGCUGGCCCAGCUCGCCGCCGCGGGCAACCCGGGGGUCGUGCAGGUGCACGCCGUGUACGAGGACGGCGAGUGGACGCACGUGGUCAUGGACCUCUGCACCGGCCCGGACCUGCUCGACUGGGUCCGCCUCCGCUGCGGCCAGCCCGUGCCGGAGCCCGACGCCGCCGCCGUCGUCGCGCAGAUCGCCGAGGCGCUCGCGCUCUGCCACCGCCGCGGCGUCGCGCACCGCGACGUCAAGCCGGACAAUGUCCUCCUCGACGCCUCCGCCGACGGGCCCCCGCGCGUGCGCCUCGCCGACUUCGGGUCCGCCGCGUGGGUCGGCGAUGGGCGCAGCGCCGAGGGCCUCGUGGGCACGCCGCACUACGUCGCCCCCGAGGUGGUCGCCGGGGGCGAGUACGGCGAGAAGGCCGACGUGUGGAGCGCCGGGGUGGUCAUGUAUGUGCUCCUCACCGGCGGCGCGCUCCCGUUCGGUGGCGAGACGGCCUCCGACGUGUUCGCCGCCGUGCUGCGGGGCAACCUGAGGUUCCCGCCGAGGCUGUUCUCCGGGGUGUCGCCGGCGGCAAAGGACCUGAUGCGCCGGAUGAUGUGCCGCGACGUCUACAGGAGGUUCUCCGCCGAGCAAGUCCUGAUGCACCCGUGGAUCGUGAGUGGAGGAGGAUCCCGCGAUGCUGUGCAGCCAACCUGAAGAGUUCGUAUCCAACUACCGUAGUACGGUUUCUUGUCUGUACGCCUUUGUAAAUACGAGUACGAUGCAGCGGUAGAGGAGGAGGUCGCUGGCCUCUGUUUUUUAUUUUCUCUCUCUCUCUCUCUUUCUUAAGCUUUUUGUUUGCCGCUUUUGCUUGAGAGAACGCCCUGCAAUGGGAGUGCUAUUGUGCAUACCGAACCCUGCUUGUGUAAUUAAGAUCAUAAAAAAGUGAGCUUUUUCUGGAAUCUUUCGAUGGUUUUUAGAUAAACUCUCAAGCUCCUCAGA